AUGGUGUCUACUGCGGCUGGGGCGACAAGUUCGGGGGCGGGGCUUGAAGGGGAAGAGGGAGAGUCGAUCUGGGGUGAGGACGAUGCGUCAAUCGCAGAGACGACGGACGUGGAGCUGUUGAAGAGGGCGUGGAGGAACGAGAAGGCGGCGCCGGAGAUACUCCUGUUCGAGGCCGGCCUCGUCCAGCGAGCCCGCGAGCAGAUUCAACUCCUGGUUAGUCACCUAUUCUCUCACGGGUGCCUCCGAAAACUACCGGCUCCAUGUAGAAGCUUCAAAGGAAAGAGUAUGAUAUUUUUAUUUUUGUUUUUGGUGCCGAGUGAACUCAAUUGUUAUGUUGUGUACACCGAUGUACUCUUCAGAUCGAAGAUGAUUGCGAAUUUCUAUUGGUACAUCUCUUGUCUGGAUAAUUUUCGCCGACCUCACAUCCUGAAAUGCCUCAACUGUUCAUGUGAACAGUCCAGAAAAUCACUGUUUUAAUUUAUUAAGGUUGUAGCGGAAGACUGAGACUGCAUAAAUGCUUGUGUUAUUGCUCUCGUUGUUUCUCCUGUGAUUUCAGAAGUCAUAACUUUUGAAUCCAUUCGUUGUAACGCACUGCAUCUGCAGUGUGGAGUGCCGUCUUUCCCUGAUAGUAUCUGUCCGGUUGGUUUUGAUAAAUAACACUCCUCUGGUGUGAAUUUUGCUUUUCUUAGGAAGAGACGGUGGAAGACUUUGUUGAAAAUGGUACGGAUGAUCUCAUCGUCUCCCUGUACCAAAUGGAUCUGGAUAGGUCAUUGUUUCUCCUAAGAUCAUAUCUUCGGGUACGACUUCAAAAGGUUGGUGGAAAUCUCAUUCUAUCUGUUUUUUUCUAUAUACAGUUUAAAGCUUAGUUAGUAACUGGUGCUUACUGGUUAUCCUAAAAUCCUCAGAUUGAAAAAUACAUGUUCCACAUUUCAAGAACCGAUCUGUGGAAUCGGCUUUCUGAGCAAGAAAAGAAGUUUUCCAAAAGGCAAGUCUUUACUUUUAGAACAUCAGACGUUCUUUAUCCAGAUGCCCACUUUACCUAUAAUUGCAACAAUUUUCGUACUGUGUCAUAAAAUCGUUUUUAAUCGACAGGUGCGUUAAUGCUAUGGAAAAACAUCUUGAGCAAUCUGUACUGUCACGACUACCUUAUGGCUAUCAGUCCAUUUUGAAGCAAUCAAUUUCCAGUGAGGAAGAUGACAUGGGUAUUGUUGACUGCAACCUAGGAAGCCUCCUAAUGUUUUGAAUGCUUCUUUUGUUGGCAGCUAUGGUAACUCCAACUAGUCUUUGACUAGACCCAGGAGGAUAGAAUACUUUCCACGUAACCCUCUCCACCCCCCACCCCCCCAACCGACAAAAAUUUAUUCAAUUGCUUGUUUGAAUAAGAUAUGCGUCUGUUGCAUCCUUAUGGCCUAAUGGACUGUGAAAUGAGCGCAUUGUACUAAGUCUCUCACUUUUCUUGUUUGUGUGUCCAUGUAAAAUAUAUGAUGUUGUUUCCAUUAGUGCUAACAUGAGCAAGCUUUCCAAUUCAGUAUUAAGAGGAAAAAAAACUUUCAAGAGUGGAUGUCUGUGAUACAAAUAUAAUUUUUCUGUAACAAUUUUUUCUUUGCUGAUGCAAUCCUAGAUCCUAGAGGUGUGGACAAAAAUAUUAUUUUAAUGAAGAAGAAUACGACUUUACCAUUUUCAAAGAGUUGAGGUCACUAAAGGGUCUUUCCGAUUUAAUUGUGAUCUGUUACUCAUAUAGAGGAAGUUAAAGGACCUGAUUACUGAAUGAACUUGUAGUAUUUUCACUUUCGGAGAAUCUAAAUAAAUUUCUUAGCAUGACAUUUUCACUUGUUGUCUGUUUUGUUGAGAAACUGGAGAAAUCUUGUGUUAAUGAUUCCUUCUGCAGGAAUUUUAUUGUCUGAUUGAAUUUUUAACGGGUUCUGUGUGAUUCUCUGAUUUCCUAUUUAGAAUAGCAAUGUCAUACGUGCGAACUGCUUUCUUAUGAGAGUUUUGUCUCUGUUUCAAAGAACUUAGCUAUUAAGAAAGGAUGUUGGCCACAAUCUGUGAACCUUUCAGGUAGGAGGAUGACUUCCACUUUGGACCAGGAGAUAUCCUCGGAUCACCAGCAAGCUUUACUGGUAUAGAAAGCUAGUAGAGUGAGUAUUAGAGGUGGACUGACCUUUUCUAACCUCCUGCUUCCAAGGGGUUGCAACAUAGCAGACCUCCGUGUUUAUGAGGACUUUUUUAAUAAACCUGCUACAAGAGCUCAUUCAAUUUUUAUAUAGUUGUGUCCAAGUGAUUAAAAGAGUUUCUCUAAAGUGAUGUCAAGUUUCAAGAUGAGGAUAUCCCAGAUCAAUAGCCAAGGAGCACACAUGGAUCACUCAGUAAAAGCCUCAAAUAGGAAGGUCACAGUUCCCCCCCCACUGCAUGGAUUGAAGCUCCCUCCUGCCUUAGGAACCCAAUGAUAGUGGGUGCAAAUUGUUAGGCAUAGAUAAAGCACGUACCAAGGUAAAACAUCGAUGAAUCUCCACACAUAUCAACAAUGUGUGGGAGGGUUUUAUGUAUCCAAUGUGAGGGUUUCGUCCAUCAUUGCAUCAACAGUUCCUUCUCAGAUUUCCCCUGCCUGUUUAACUGAUUCAAGUUUGCCAUCGCACUUUGUAGCUGACGGACGAUUGAUUAUUCCCUCUUCCUCAAUUCCGACUGGGUCACCACUAAAUCCCUUGCUUUGUUGAUUGAUCUCAGUCCCAGAGCCGAAGCUGGACACAUUUGUCUUCUGCAAGAGCAAGGGUGCUGUCGGAGCUUUUCAGCUUGAUGACGUGUACUCUCUCCUCCCGAUUUCCUCCUACUACCAUAUUUCUUCUCACAGUUAAGCUCAGUUCAACUCACCUAAGCAUGCAUCUUUCUUUUACUAUGUGAAGUGGGGAUGAGAUUGUAGAUUUGGUGUCCGAUGAUCUCUACGUUCUCCGAUACAAGUCUAUAAAGGGUCUCGUCGAAGGCGGACGGAUCGACCUCGUCUAG